AUGGCACCAUCAUCACCAUCCGAGAAGGCCAUCAUUGGUGCACAAAGGGCACAAGCUUUCCUUGGACCAAAAGUACUGAACCGAAUUCAGCAAUCAGCGCGCAGCGACCUCCCCACUGAGGUCAGCUCUCAAUACAUAGCGGAGGUCUGCUUUUCCGGCUAUGCAAACGAAGCUCUUACUUUCAGGGAGCGCUCGAUCUUGAACAUGGGCAUGAUGAUUGCCCUUAAUCGGACACCUGAGCUUCGCAUCCACAUUGGGGCAGCACUACAUAAUGGAUUGUCUCAGGAGGAGGUGGUAGAAGUCUGUCGGCACGCAAUGGUGUAUUGUGGGGUCCCUGCCGGAAGAGAGGCGCUGUCUGUAGCGAGUGAUAUCUUUGCUACUGCACAAGAAGCACAUAUCUGA